GUCGCCGAAGCGAAAAUCUGCCUAUAUUCUUUUUCUCUUAGCCGAGGAUUAGAUUAGAGCAGCACUCUUCCUUGUUCAUUUCUUCCUGAAUCAAUGCUGUCUUCCAAGAACAUACUAUUCAGGAGCCAUUUCAAGAAGAGAAAGAAUUCCCGCAAGAAGAAACCCGCAUUAAAAAAGCCAGCUUUGUUUUCCAGAAAACCAGAUUCUUGGGAAGAAGACGAGCAAUUCACGGACGAGGAAGAAGACGGUUUUCGAUUGAAAGGUUCAGCGCCAUCGCACUCUCAUGGAGUUCAGCCUCUGGGCAACCUCUACUUCAGUUCAUCAUCACAUAAUUCAAGAAACUCUGGCCUGGGAAAUCUCCAGAUCCUUACCGAUGAGCUUGUUCUUGACAUUCUUGGCCUUCUGGAAGGUACCCAUUUGGGUGUUUUGUCCACUGUGAGUAAAGCUUUCUAUGUUUUAUGUAACCAUGAGCCCCUUUGGAGGAAUCUUGUUUUGGAGGGCUGUAAAGAUGGAUUCUUUUAUAACAAGUCUUGGAAGUGUACUUACAUUAAUGGAUUUAACCCUUCCUUUAAUUUUCUCAGUAGUGGGUUAAGAGUUAGAGACUUUUAUUCAGACUAUUUGUUCCAGAGCUGGCUUUGUGCGAAUCUCGAAAUGAAACCUGAAUGGAUUGAGAGGGAUACUAUUCUUAGAAGAAAAAACAUUUCCGUUGACGAAUUUGUUUUGAAUUUUGAAGAGCCCAACAGGCCGGUAUUGUUGGAAGGGUGUUUGGAUAAAUGGGUUGCAUUCAAAAAAUGGGAUAGGGAUUGUUUGGUUGAAAUGUGUGGUGAUGUGAAGUUUGCGGUUGGGCCCGUGGAAAUGAAGCUCGAGGACUACUUUAGGUACUCAGAUCAAGCAAAGGAAGAAAGACUGUUGUAUCUAUUUGACCCAAAGUUUGCAGAGAAGGUUCCACAGUUGGGAUUGGAUUAUGAUGUACCUGAAUAUUUUAAUGAGGACUUGUUUAGUGUUUUGGGGAAGGAAAGGCCAGAUUACAGAUGGAUCAUAAUCGGUCCAGCUGGAUCCGGAUCCUCAUUCCACAUAGAUCCCAAUUCAACAUCUGCUUGGAAUGCCGUGAUCAAGGGUUCCAAGAAAUGGGUGUUGUUUCCACCUGACGUGGUCCCACCAGGGGUGCAUCCUAGCCCAGAUGGAGCAGAAGUUGCGAGCCCGGUUUCCAUCAUGGAGUGGUUCAUGAACUUCUAUGCAGAAACAAGAAAUUGGAAGAAGAAGCCGAUCGAGUGUGUUUGUAAUGCAGGAGAAGUGAUAUUCGUGCCUAACGGAUGGUGGCAUUUGGUCAUCAAUCUGGAGGAUUCAAUUGCUAUUACACAGAAUUUCGUAAGCAGUAGGAAUUUGUUGAACGUGUUGGAUUUUCUGAGACGGCCAAACGCGCGCAGUCUGGUGUCGGGUACGGACGACCGGGUGAAUUUGCACGACAAGUUCAAGAAUGCCAUCGAAGCGUCUCGGCCCGGACUCAUCCAAGGUUUAGCAGAGGAGAAAAUGGCAAAAGAGUGUAGUAAUAAAAAGAAGCCUUCAUUCUGGGAAUCAGUGGCAGAUUCAAAGGCAGGUGCUUUCAAGUUCUCCUUUUCUCAGCCCUGAGAGCAUUCACAUGGGUUUUCCCUGCUCAUGAUUUUGGCAUGGAUGAAAUGCUUUGUUUUCUGGCAAUUCUGCAGAGUGCAAAAGGGAUUUUUUCCCCAACAUUUGUUAUUUAUAAAUGUAAAAUGAACUUUUGAAAUCCUUUUUUUGUUUGCUGUGAUGGGGAAGAGUUUUUUAAAUCUCAUAUGGAAUCACUUUCUUCAAUAACAUUCAUUACAUGAA